AUGGCGAUAGCCGCAGUUGUGAUUGUCCCGAUCGGCCUCCUCUUCCUUCUGUCAGGCCUCGUUCUCAACCUCCUUCAGGCAAUUUCGUUGGUCCUUGUUCGUCCAUUUUCGAAAAAUGCAUACAGAAGGGUCAACAAAGAACUCGCCGAACUGAUAUGGUUGGAGCUUAUUUGGCUGUUCGACUGGUGGGCUAACAUUAAGGUACUGUCCAUUUUGUUGACUUUGUUUGUUAUAAUUUCAGGAAAAGAACACGCACUUCUCAUUUGUAAUCAUAGAAGCGAUAUUGAUUGGCUCGUCGGUUGGGUCCUAGCUCAGCGUGCAGGUUGCCUCGGUAGUGCAGUAGCCUUAAUAAAGAAAGCUGUGAUAUACCUUCCCGUUAUAGGUUGGUCGAUGUGGUUUGCCGGUUUUAUAUUUCUUGAGAGAAAUUGGUCCAAAGAUGAAGGCACCAUGAAGUUGGGAUUCGAGUCACUGAGUGAUUUUCCAAUGCCUUUCUGGUUGGCCCUUUUUGUCGAAGGGACCCGUUUUACUCAAGAGAAGCUUGUAGCUGCCCAACAGUACGCAGCCUGCGCUGGUUUACCUAUUCCAAGGAACGUUUUGAUUCCUCGUACUAAGGGCUUUGUUGCAGCCGUGACUCAUUUACGGACGUUUGUCCCAGUAAUUUAUAAUAUUACGGUUGCUGUCCCGAAAAAUGAACCUCGACCCACGCUACUGAGAAUCCUGAGGGGACGUUCUUCUACGGUACAUGUGCAUAUUGAGCGACACUUAAUGCAAGAAUUACCAGAAACGAGCAGUGGGAUCGCUCAGUGGUGCAACGAUAUGUUUGUCGCUAAGGACGCUUUUUUGGAGAGACACCUUGACACAAACACGUUUGGGGAUGAUAUACGGCGCGACAUUGGCCGGCCAAAAAGAUCAUUGCUGGUCGUGAUGUGCUGGUCGUGUUUGCUUCUUCUGGCGAUCGUCAAAUUCUUCGAAACAUAUCCCUUCUCGUGGGGAGAAGUUGCGUUCUGUGUGGUUUUCUUAGCGCUGGUUACUAUCCUAAUGCAGAUACUCAUUACAUUUUCGCAGUCCGAAUAUUCUAAUCCUCCGAAGCAAGAUCAAUUGAAGCAAGUUCUUCUUCACAGAUGA